GAGGAGGAGGAGGAGGAAGAGGAACAGCAGGAGAGGAGGGGGCGCAGAGGCACGGUCCCCUGUGCCCUGACCCAGAGCCGGGUUCUCAGCUUCCUGCGUCCCUUCUCUUCUGCGCGCGUCUCUGUUGGGGUAUCUCCUCUGCAUCUCUGCUCGUGCCCCUCGUCUCUGUUUCCCUGUCUCUGUCACGCUGUCUCAGGGACUCUCAGACCCCAUCCUCUCGGUCUCCGUCUGCGCGGGACUCCAGGCAUCCCGCUUCCCUCGCCCCGCGCCCCGGGGUCUCCUUCCCGCGGACGCCGUGGGGCCAUGGCUGCGGGAUCCGAACUUUAAACACUUCUCCCCGGACCGGAGCAGAUGCGCAAGGCGCUGAAAUAUCUCUGUCUCCCCCUCGCUGGUUUCCGCUCAGAUUAAGCCGGGGACCUAAUUCCAGGCCCAGGAUCGAAUUUUCUGGCAACAAAGGGAAAUAGCGAAUCGAUCGGUCGCUCCGGAGAUUAAGAGACAAGCGGCGCGCGGAUCUAUCACAGCUAAACGGCCCCCCCGCCCGCUCCCCCCGCCCCGCCGGCCCGCCGAGGCCCAGACGCGCUCCGCAUCGCCAAACAGCCUCAGGAGCCCGAGCUGCCCGGCAGGCCCAGGCCUCCCCAAGCCCAGAGCUGGAGCCGCGGGAGGAACUUGUGAGCUCCGACUGGCUCCUGGGAAGACAGCACACCUGUGCUUCAGGGCUCGCUCUGCCAUGGACUGUAGCUGCGUCUCAGACCUUCUCUUCGCCCCGCCUGCCCUGCCUGCUCUCUGGACCCCUGGGUUUGCCUUCCCAGACUGGGCCUACAAGCCGGAGUCCUCCCCUGGCUCGAGGCAGAUCCAGCUGUGGCACUUCAUCCUGGAGCUGCUGCAGAAGGAGGAGUACCAGGGCGUCAUCGCCUGGCAGGGGGACUAUGGGGAAUUUGUCAUCAAGGACCCUGAUGAGGUGGCCCGUCUAUGGGGCAUUCGCAAGUGCAAGCCCCACAUGAAUUAUGACAAGCUGAGCCGGGCCCUGCGUUACUACUACAACAAGCGCAUUCUCCACAAGACCAAAGGGAAGAGGUUCACGUACAAAUUCAACUUCAGCAAAGUUGUGCUUGUCAAUUAUCCACUGCUGGACAUGGCUGCUGCUGCUACUGGCUCCCCACUCUUGUUGACACCUGGACCCUUUGGGGGGGCGCCUGGGCCAGAUGCUCCACCCCUGACCCCUGAGACCCUGCAGAACCUGUUCUCUACCCCACGCCUAGGAGAGCCAGGGGGUCGGACACCCCUAUUCGCCCCAGAGACUGAUAAACUACGUUUGGACAGUCCCUUCCCAUUCCUGGGUUCUGGUGCCACCAGCUACUCCAAGCCCCCCAGCCUGUUGGGUCCUUACGGCCGCGCCUUCCCUGACUACCCCUGGAACUUUAACCCAUACCUCACGGGCCCUUUCCCCAAGUUGCCUACCUCUCUCUACCCACCUCACUUCUACCCUAACCCAUUGGGUUCCCUGGGACACUUGCCCUCUGCAGGAGCAGGGGGAGGUCCCAUGGCUGCACCCCUGCUUGCUGCAACAGGGGAGGGCCUGGGCCCUGAGCGCCCCUCGGGGCUGGCAGUCGCCCCUCGUCUGGCACUGCCAGGGGCGGGAGGUCCAGAGGCCACUCAGGGUGGGAAGGAGGACAGCGACUCUGAGCUGGAGAUCACCGACGUCAGCGGCUGCAGCUCUGACAGUGAAGGCGAUGAGGGUCUACCCGCAUCCCCCAAGACUAAGACAGGCAAAGGGGGGAGCGGCAGCUGAGCGGUGCAGGGUGGAUUCCGCUGGUGACCAGGGUAGUCUGGUCUGCCCUUAACACCAGCCCAAGGCCCAGGACUAGCCCUUGGCACCUCCUGGCCAUCUCCUCCAAGACCUGAGUGGAGGUCACACCUUCUCCACAGAGUGGGAAAGGGAGAUGAUGGCCUCCAGUCUCCCCCAGGUUUCAAUUUGAGGGGGAAAACCAACUGGCCCCACUCUCAAAGUGCAAUAUGGCGCCCAGCCUCCCCGACCUCCUAUGUGCUGUGACCUGCGUGUUUGUGUGGCAGUGUCCCCAAUCCAGUGCCAGCCCCCUCUUGAAAUUCUCCCAGUCAGGUCCCCCUGGGGACAGGGAGCUCAGAGCAAUAACCCCGCCCCCACCCCCACCCCCAGAAGGGGUCCCUUCCCCAUUGGCUCCCCUUGAAAUCCCACAGCCACUUCCAGAGUUUACUACAACAAUAAAAGAACACGAGUGUG